GGCUUGACAGAUCAUCCGAUACGUGUCAUAUCUUCGUCCCUUGACUCCUUCUCGUUCUCCCCCAUCGUCCACGUCAUCCUUAAAUUCUGCGGAGGAAGACGACGAUCUCGAGCUCGAUUACUCUGAUUCUCCUUCCUUUAAACCUCCAUCUCUAACUCCUCCCCCAUCGCCAUGAGAUUUUCUAUUGAGCAGGUCAUUAGCGAACGUCUAAUGAGACCUGGGGGGCAUAUUUCGUCGAUCCGGCAGGUGCAGCGGCGUCCAGAUCUGCUUCGAUUUGCAACUUUCUUCAAUACGGUGGCCGUCCACGAGGCAGCAGAAUUUCGCUUCGCACGCACCAGCGAUCGAGCGCAGGUGCUGGCCGAGGUGUCGAUUUUUCUACGACUGUCUCUACCAGGUGUCAUCCAUGUGUUUGUAAUUGUCACCUUCACUGGCGACCUUACGACAGUGACCGUCCUCUGGCAAUUACGACUCUGCGCACAGGAUCUCACGGCCGCCUGUGUCCAGCUGUUAGCACUACCUGGCGAUCGGAUCACUCCAUGGACGAUAUCGAUCUCAACCAGCUUCGACUCUCUCCUGACGCGCUGGAGGUCAUCAUCCCAGAGCUUCUCCCCUUCGUACCACCCCAAUGAAUCGACAUCGACUAUCGGGAUUCCUUCUGAUCUCCUUACUUUCUGGCAGUCCGCUACGAACGUCCCGCUCGCUUUCCGGAUUAGACAGUUGGACGUGUCGAUCCUUGACGCCAGCAAGUGGGCAGAGUGGUGGAACGAGUACAUUGCGCUCAACUUCUGCCUUCUCGAAGUAGUGUUCCAUUGGGCGGAGCCAGCCAAUAAGGACGAGGAGGACGAAGUCCCUAAUGACGAGGUGGAGUUGCUGAUCGUCCAAGCUUGGAGAACGGAUACGGAGGGAGAACUGCUGGGGAUUCUAUUCGGGAAGGUCGGGGACGACCUUUUGGAGUCAAUUAUGGGGGAAGUUUUGGUGUUCCUGGCCCAUCUCCUGGACAACCUGCCUCUAGACAUUCUUUCGAGCGAGCAGCUUGCUACUCGCGAGGACGUUGUGUCCUCUCUUCUGGACUUGAGCAUGCUUCAGGCUCGUCAGGAGCGACUCACCCUCCAUGUCGCUGCACUGCGUCGCCUUCUCGCCAUCCUCUCUGACCCUGAUCGCACCCUCCCGAUCAUCCCCGUACGACUCGGGACCUCCACGAGGGUGUACUCAGCGUUGUGGGAUUCUUGUUCUCAGGGCGACUUCAUUCACCCACGCGUGGUGAAGGAAGCUCGCUUACCCACGACAGGGUCUUCGACUCCCAUCUCCGUUACCCUAGGGGAUGACAAGACCCAGCGCUACUUCGAUCAGACGGUCACCGACCUCCCCUUCUUCCUCACUCUCGAGCCGACUGAUCGUUCCCCGGCGUCUCAUCGCCACCGCUCCUCUGCACAUUUCGAUGUGAUGGAGACGGGGUACGACUUCAUUCUCGGCACUCCGUGGUCUCGUCGGUUUCGCAGCACUGAGGCCAAUUGGGCGAUCAAUACUCUCGUUCUCAAAAUGAAGUGUGGACAAACGUAUCGCGUACCUUUCAUAGGUACCACGGCGACACCAGACCCCGAUCCUCCUCCCUUGGAGCCUUCAGUGCCCACACCAUCUCCCUCUAUCACUGUCACCUCGCCUCGGCAGUUCGCUCACUUCAUUCGACAGGACGACGUCACCUUCUUUAUGGUGGACGUGACGGAUCUCUUACACUAUGAUCCACCCUGUCCCGACGCCAAGCUCAUCCCUCUGGAGCCAGAUCCUCCCUCUAUCUCCAUGGCUUCCAUCUCUACUUCCGUCCCUCCGCCGUCCGUCGAGUCCACCCCGCCGUCGCACGCUGACGCUGACGCUGACGCUGACGCUGACGCUGAGGAACUCGCACGAUAUACGGUUGACUUGGAGUCCGCAGUUUGUGACCUCAUCCGAGAGUACCGCGACGUUUUUCCAUCGUCGUUCUCGUACGCCGGCAUCCCACCGAUGCGUGACAUCGAGCACUCCAUUCAGCUUGUGUCUGACUAUCGUGUUCACCACCAGACACCCUACAGACUUUCGAUCCCCGAGGCCAACGAACUCAAGCGUCAGCUUGAGGAGCUCCUGAGACUGGGUUUUAUUAAACCCAACAACUCCCCGUGGGGUGCACCCGUCCUCUUUGCUCACAAAGCGGACGGAACUCUCCGUCUCUGCAUCGACUAUCGCGGUCUCAACCGCUACACGGUUAAGAACAGCUACCCCAUGCCUCGUUCCGAUGAGUUGUUCGACCGCCUAGCAGGCAACCGCUUCUUUGCGAAGAUUGAUCUUCGUAGCGGUUACCAUCAGAUCCGCGUCGCUGCAGCCGACCAGCCGAAGACAGCGUUCCGAUCGCGCUUCGGCCACUACGAGUUUACGGUGAUGCCAUUCGGCCUCACCAAUGCACCCGCUACCUUUCAUAGGGCGAUGAACGACAUCUUCAGGGACAUCCUGGAACAGUACGUUCUCGUCUACCUCGACGAUAUCCUGGUCUACAGUCGUACCCUUGAGGAGCACCUGAGACACCUCCGCGACGUGCUUGACCGCUUGCGCAGACAUGGCUUCUACGCCAAGCUGAGCAAGUGCCGCUUUGCCCAGCACAAAGUGGAUUUCUUAGGACACUACGUGUCUGACCAGGGUCUCCACAUGGACGACGCGAAGAUCACUGCUAUUGCGGAGUGGCCCGCCCCCACAUCCGCCAAGCAGCUUCGCAGCUUCCUAGGCCUGACCAGCUACUAUAGUAACUUCAUCCGGGGAUACGCUAGGUAUUCCUACGUCCUUACCUCCACCCUCCUUCGGAAGAACCCACCCUGGGCUUGGACACCCCUCCACGAGGACGCCUUCCGCGCCCUCAAGAAGGCGGUGACAUGCGCACCGGUUCCUCACCUACCCGAUUUUGAUCGCCCUUUUAUCAUUACCACUGAUGCGUUAGACUUUGUUGUAGGAGCAGUGCUUUCUCAGGUCUUCCCAUCCUCUCCUGAUUCCUCUCAUCCUCGUAUCCCUCGCUUCCCACCACCUACCCCUACCACUGCUUCCCGACUGACGCCUACUCGUCCAGCUACUGACGAGCCCUCUAUUGACUAUUCUCCUACCAUCGCCGAGGACGGCACUGUCGAGUCUCGCUCAGCAGUAGCGGAGUUCCAUGACCAGGCAGCCGCCGGUCAUAUGGGCUUCCACAAGACGUUGGCUCGUGUGAGCCGCCUGUACGUCUGGCCGAAGCACAAGGACUUUGUGAAGGACUACGUCGCAGAGUGUCCCACAUGUCAGGAGGUGAACAGUGCGAACCACCUACCUUAUGAUUUACUCCAGCCUCUUCCUAUCCCUGAGGGUCGUUGGCAGUCCAUCUCGAUGGACUUUAUCGGUCCUCUUCGACCUCCGACCCCCCGCGGUUAUGAUGUUAUCCUGGUCGUCGUCGACCGCUUCACGAAGCGUGCACGCUUUGUUCCGUGCUGCUAUGCCAUCAGUGCACGUGAGGUCGCCGACAUCGUAUUUGACCGAGUCGUGAGUGACCACGGCUUACCUCUAAGCAUCAUAUAUGACCGUGACCCGCGCUUUACCAGCCGAUUCUGGCGACGGCUCCACAAGGUGUACAGCACUCAGCUCCGCUUCUCCUCGUCUUACCAUCCUCAGACUGAUGGUCAGACCGAGAUCACAAACAGGACUCUCGGAGAUAUUCUCCGAAAGAUUGUUCGUGACGACCAGCAGUGGGAYCUCCAUCUUGCCCACGCGGAGAUAGCCUACAACCACGCCGUCUCGCCAUUCACGGGGAUGUCGCCUUACUAUUGCGACCUCGGCUAUCACCCUCGUGUUCCUGCGGACUUCCUUCAACCGUCACAAAUGCACCCUGACACGAACUGUCCCGCACUGGAUGAUUGGGUUGCACACAUGACGUCGAUCAUGAAGACCGCACAUGAGCACAUAGCCGCUUCCCAGACUCGCAUGGCAGCACGUGCGAACCGAUCGAGGAUGGACCACCCUUUCAAAGUCGGUGAUGACGUGCUUAUCGACGCCCGCCACUUACAGCUCGAAGCAGACACGCUUCGCAAGUUUAGGCGUCCCUUCUUUGGCCCAUGCCGCAUCCUCCAGGCCGUUGGUUCUGACACGUCAUCUAGCCCGGUCAGCUUCCGUGUGAAGCUGACCGACUACCUACGCCAGGCUCGUGUGCACGAUGUCUACCAUGUCUCGUUACUGCGUCCUUACCGCAGACCGUCUGAGCGUUUCGCUGGAUGACCAUACGAGCGCCCUCCACCCAUCAUGGUGGAUGGCCACGAGGAGUUCCUCGUUUCAGACAUCAUUGGUCGCCGAGUCACCGACGAC